AUGGCCGAGAUGGGUGAGUCUCUAGGAGAAGCACCUCUUCCCAAUCCCGCUUUCACCAACAACAACCACGAGCACACCUUGAAGGAAGAGUCCUGGAAACACCGUGCUCCAUAUCGAAGCCUGAGUGAUGAAGAAUUCGGUCCCAUCAAGUGGCGCGGAAAGUGCAAGUGUGGGAAUAUUACCUUUUCCAUUCGACGCGAAAAGCCCGUCAAUGCGAAAUACUGCCACUGCCGAGGGUGCCAGGUCAUGCACGGGGCGCCCUUUCAAUGGGCAGCCAUCUUCCACAAGGAGGAUGUUAACUUCAGCAGGGGGUGCAGUGACUUGGCCUUCUAUUCAUCAUCUGGCAAUACCCAACAGUAUCAGAUGCCCACCAAGGUCUCCUGUUCCUUUUGCCAUACUUUGAUCAUGGACGAGGGGCGCAAUAUGUGCCUGCUGUUCCCUCAAUUGAUCGAAUUGGAGGGUUCAUCGGAUGAACAGAGAGAGCAGAGGAAUAUCUUCAAGCCCACGUGUCACAUCUUCUAUGAGCAGCGAAUGAUCGAUAUUCCCGACGGAAUCGACAAAUGGUCUGGGAUGGAUGGUCACAGUGAGCGCCUGGAUGACCAAGGCAACCCAUUGAAGCACUAG